UGUGGGAGUGGUUCCUGAGAUAGAGGGCAGGAAAGAGCUGGUUUGUCCCAGUCUCCAACUACUGGAAGCAGUCAUUUCUAACUGGCUCUGAACAUAGAAAGUCUGUGGCAGGCUGUUCCACUGGCUUCUCCCCAUGGCCCUCAAGGAGGGACUCAGGCCAAGGAAGAGAAUCUUCUGGCGGCUGACUGUACUUGCACUUGGCCUCUUAGUCUUGCUCCUGUACUGGUCCUCUCCUUACAGGCAGCUGGAAGUCCUAAUCCCCAUGGGUGUCUGCCCUUCAGCCACAAUGGCCCUGCUGAGAGACAACUUCACAGGAGUCCUGCGACCGUGGGACCGACCUGAUGUCCUGACCUGUACCUCUUGGAAGACUCCCAUUAUUUGGGAUGGCACCUUUGACCCACACGUAGCCCAGCGAGAGGCUAGACGGCAGAACCUCACCAUUGGGCUGACUGUCUUUGCCGUGGGCAGGUACCUGGAGAAGUACCUGGCACGCUUCCUGGAAUCGGCCGAGCAGCACUUCAUGGUGGGCCAGCGCGUGGUCUACUACGUGUUCACCGAGCAGCCCGCGGCCGUGCCCCUCGUGGCGCUGGGCCCAGGUGCGCGCCUAGCGCCAUCGCGGGGCCAGCCCGUCCCACCCAGCCGCUGCCAAACCCGGCACAUUGGCCACCUUCCAGGGACUACCUUCGAGAAGCUGCAUCUCAGGUCGGAGGGCGGAAAGAUGUUGGAUAAAAGGACCUUCGGGCCUUUCUCACUUUAA